CAUAAGUAUACAUCAAUUGAAUUAAGUACUAAUAAUUUUGAACUCGAUCAGUGCUAUUGAAAAAGACGAUCAGUUGUUUUUACUUAUUGUUGUUAGGAUAAAAAAUUGCACUUACUUUUUCUUUAUAGUAUACUACACCUUAAAUAUGCAAAAUGAACUAAUUCAUAAUAGUAAAAGAGCUAAAGCUAGAUGGAAAUUAUUAGCCCAUGCGUUAAAACAACAAACAUCUAGCAAUUUGGAAGUUUAUCAGCAUUCUGUGCGCCGCUUUGCUGGAUUUAAUUUAUUUGAUGUUAAAAAAGUGACAAGUUCUGAAGUUGAAGCAGCAUGGUAUCAGUAUUCAGCAAAAGGAGAAUCACAGGGUGUGAAAAUUAGAGUGUUAAAUGUACCAACUACGGCAGCCGAAUUAAUGGGAUUUAAUAAUACUGGCAAUGUUUGUAUAUGGCCAUCAGAAGAGAUACUGGCUACUUAUUGUAUCAAACAUAAAGACCUCUUUCUGAACAAAUCUGUAUGUGAGCUGGGUGGAGGUAUGACAUCAUUAGCAGGACUUCAGGUUGCAUUUCAUACGAAAGCCAAAAGCGUUGUUUUGACUGAUGGUAAUACACAGUCUGUCAAAAAUUUAGAAGUCAUUGCUACGGAGAACAAAUCUAUGUUUGAAGAAACCAACCUGUCAGUAAGACAAUUGGUUUGGAGCAGCAAACAACAACACGAACUACGUAAUUCAUUUGAUGUUGUGAUAUGCGCUGACUGUUUGUUUUUCGUGAAUGUCCACCUUGAUCUUGUUCAUACCAUUUCAAAUCUGCUGAAACGAAAUGGAAUAUGUAUCAUCUUUGCACCAAAAAGAUCGGAAACUUUAUCAAAAUUUGUCGAGUCAGCAUCCGUCACAUUUGAAGUUAUAAUCGAAGAAAAAUAUGAUGACGAAAUAUGGUCAUUGCACGAAGAGUUAAAAUUAAAGGACGACCUUUAUUCACCCGAUAUUCAUUAUCCGAUUUUAGUAAAAAUAUGGUUUCGAGAUAUGACUUAAAUGUGUUGUUUAAAAAUAUGAAACUUGACGAAUUUUAGAACAGACAUGUGAAGCCUUGUUAAAACUUUAUCCGAAGAGUAUACGACCCUGAAUACUCUGUGGUUUUGAAAGUGGAGAUAUUUCUAAUAGUGAAUAUAUUUCUAAUAGUGGAGAUAUUUCUAAUGGUGGAGAUAAUUUCAAUAGUGGUGAAUAUGACAUUUUUCCAACAGUGUAAAAUAAUUUUCUGACUGUUUUAUACAAUCUUGUAAUUGAAGAAAUAAAAGUUAAAAAACAAGAA